AGCAAUUGGAAAUAAAAGCUGCAAUGCAUGGUUUGUCCAUUUACCAAGUGAAUUAACUUCAUUGUGACUUUUGUUCUGCUCUCACAUGGUUAUGUAAAAUAAACAGCUUUGCUGCCAACAAAAUACUGAAACGCUUUCUGCGAGCUGCCUCAGAUGCAAGAAUGCCAACAUUAGAUGACAUUUUAGAGCAUGUCGGGGAGUUUGGAUUGUACCAGAAACGGGCAUUUUUGGUCCUGGCGUUGCUCUCUGCUGCCUUCCCACCCAUCUAUGUUGGUAUUGUAUUCCUGGGUUUUAUACCAGAGCACCACUGUCAGAAUCCUGCAACUGCUGAAUUAAGAGCCAGAUGUGGUUGGAGUCUUGAAGAGGAGCAGAAUUACACACUUCCAAAGGAAGUGAAUCAUGGAAAUGCUGUUGCUAGUCAGUGCCAGAGAUACGACGUGGACUGGAACAUCACUGAGCUGGACUGCACAAAUCCAAUAGAUCUUUUCACCGCUGCUCAUGGCAACAAGAGCAGUAUUCCACUCAUUCCCUGCCAAGAUGGCUGGUUUUAUGAUGGCCACGGUUCAUCCAUUGUAACUGAGUUUGACCUGGUAUGUGAGGAUGGCUGGAAACUGGAUCUGUUUCAGUCAUGUGUGAAUGUGGGAUUCUUUGUUGGUUCCAUAGGCAUUGGAUACAUGGCUGACAGGUUUGGCCGUAAACUGUGCCUGUUAAUCACCAUCCUUAUCAAUUCCAUCUCUGGAGUUCUUGUGGCUGUUGCACCAAGCUACGUCUGGGUGGUGAUCUUCCGCCUAAUACAAGGGUUGGUUAGUAAAGGAGGCUGGUUAACAGGCUACAUCCUGAUCACAGAAUUUGUUGGACUGGAAUACAGAAGAACAGUUGCUAUAGUCUACCAAAUGGCCUUCACUGUUGGGCUCCUAAUAUUUGGUGGUAUUGCUUAUGCAAUUCCUCACUGGAGAUGGCUACAACUUGCUGUCACACUGCCAAAUUUCUUCUUCUUGCUGUAUUACUGGUGCCUUCCAGAGUCCCCAAGAUGGUUGAUAGCCCAGCAGGAAGGCGAUAAAGCUCUGAAAAUAAUAAAAAACAUUGCCAAGGCAAACCAGAAGAAGCUACCUUCAUUUAUGGAGAACUUACAGUCUGAGGAAGAUGGGGAAGGAAAGCUACGCCCUUCGUUUCUAGAUCUCGUGAGAACACCACAAAUAAGGAAACACACUAUCAUCUUAAUGUAUACUUGGUUUACAAGCUCGGUACUAUAUCAGGGCCUCAUCAUGCACAUGGGAAUAGCUGGCGGCAACAUUUAUCUGGAUUUUUUUUACUCUGCUCUUGUUGAAUUUCCAGCUGCCAUCAUACUCAUACUCACAAUUGACCGCAUAGGCCGUCGCUAUCCUUGGGCUGCAGCAAACCUGCUGGCAGGAGCUGCCUGUCUCGUUACAGCCCUUGUUCCUGAAAAUCUCUAUUGGCUUAGAAUGACGGCUGCUUGCUUGGGCAGAAUGGGUAUCACAAUGUGCUUUGAAAUGGUUUGCUUAGUCAAUGCAGAACUAUUUCCAACAUUCCUCAGGAACCUGGGGGUCCUUGUCUGCUCUUCCAUGUGUGAUAUAGGUGGGAUCAUAACUCCGUUCAUUGUCUAUCGGCUGGCAAAUAUCUGGAAUGAAUUGCCACUUGUCGUCUUUGCUGUGAUUGGCCUCAUUGAUGGUGUUUUGGUACUACUCUUACCAGAAACCAAAGGAAAAACUUUACCGGAAACAAUAGAAGAAGCUGAAAAUUUGUACAGACAAGGAAAGCCCAAAGAAAACAUUAUUUAUCUUCAGGUUAAAACAUCAAAUGUGGCACCUUAUUAAGGAUAGUUUUCUCCAAGAUUUUCUCCCUUCUGGUGAUACAUGAAGGAAGGGGAAUGAUAUCCCUUGGCAUAAUUCAUUAAAUUCUGUAACCCUCUGAUUCUUUGCUCCUUCUAUGACUCCAGUGUCAUUUUCAGGAUUCUGCUGUCCUGGAGAGAAUAAGAUCGUAUAGACAGUGCAUCCCAGUGUAGCUUUGGGGAGUUGUUCUGUUUGAGGAUGCCACAGUGCUAGGAGAUGCAUAUAAGCAAAAAUCAAAUGCAUUCAGACAGAUAUAAGCAUGUGCAAGAUUCUCUGACUCUAAUAGGCAACAGACAAGCAUGUGUUUAACUUCUGCAUUGAAAUAAAUUGGAAAGAAGUAUGUUUAAUGUUGGCCUGACUCUGUACCAAGCAAAAGUUGUCCAACAACAAAUUGCCUUUUUUUAAAAUUGAAAACUUCUCUGUGCCCUUGGCAUCUUUUUAAAGUCCCCCUGAUGUAGAUUUUAGCACAUUCAUAAUUAGGGGGUGCAUCUUCAUGAUAGAAUUGACCCAGUUUGAUUCCACGACCACCCAUAUCUCAAUGCUAUUGAUUCACGGGAGCUGUAGUUUUAGAAGGCGUUUAAGCUUUCUCUGCCAAAAAGUGCUGGUGCAUCAUCAAACUCUCAAUCCUAGAAUCUCACAGCAUUGAGACAUGGCAGUUAAAGUGGUGUCAAACUGCAUUAAUUUUACACUGUAGAUGCACCCAAAGUUUAGCCAUAGCCAUUGAUAGAGGCUUAUGGGACUCGAAGUCCAAGCAGAAGCUGCACACCCAUAACUUGACUACUCUAGCUCUGGAUUUCUUGUCUCAAGUAGGAAACUGGACUCGAUAGCUUACAAACUCAUCCAAGAGAAAGAGAGGAAUCAACAUUAAGUCAAAACGUAAAACAAAAUUACCAAAAACAAUAGAUGCAUGAUACAUUAUGUUUAAUAUUUCUUACUGUAAAUACAUUUCAAGGGAGCCCCUGGUGGCAUAGUGGGUUAAACCGCUGAGCUGCUAAACUUGUUGACUGAAAGGUUGCAAGUUCAAAUCUGGGCAGCGGUAUGAAAUCCCGCAAUUUGAAAACAUGCAAAUGUGAGUAGAUCAAUAGGAACCACUGAGGCGGGAAGGUAAUGGCACUCCAUGCAGUCAUGCCGGGCACAUGAACUUGGAGGUGUCUACGGACAACGCCGGCUCUUCAGCUUAGAAAUGGAGAUGAGCACCAACCCCCAGAGUCAGACAUGGCUGGACUUAAUGUCAAGGGAAAACCUUUACCUUUACCUUACCUUAAAUACAUUUAAACUAAUCAAGUUCUCAUUGCUUUGGGAUGGCAUAUUCGUUUGUUUUGUUUUUUGUGUUUUUGUACUUUCUAUGAAACCACCCCUUUUCAUUCUGAAUCUAUGUCCAUUGUCUUUCAGUAGAUAUGACUGCAAUCCAAACUAUUCACUGAUGCCAUUAAAAUAAAUUCGAUGGCACAGAAAGAAAAUUAUUGUAGAUGUGUUUUGUGUUUAAAUUUCAUCAGCCAAACCAUUUAGUUUCAUAAACUCUAUUAAAUGUCUUGAUGAAUUUUUAACGUGA